UGACCCACCACCAGCCCAGGUUGCUCUGGAGCACAGGCACGUGGAUGGAAUCCCUCCCUGCAGCUUCUGCCACCUCGGCAGGAUGGAAGGAGGGGGGAAAGGGAAUUUCCAGAGGUGCUGCAGAGUCACUUCUGUGUUCUCCACUGAGCUGCUUGAAUUGAUGAGAACCUGAAACCAGAGUCACCUGUUGGCCUUUGUGUGUUUUCAAGAAUUUUUUUAUUUAGCAGUUCUGUGACUAAAUGAAGUAUAACCAUGAUUUGCCAAGUCACGUAUGAAAGAUGAAUGAAAUAAAGAUUUCCUGAAUGGUUUGCAAAUACUCCAGUCACGGAAUCAUGGAACACCUCAAGCUGGAAGCAGGAGGAUCACCAAGUCCAACUCCCUGCUCCUUGAGGGAUGUGAUUCUCCUUGCUCACCCUGGGCUCCUCUCUGCAUCCAGGGCCUGGUGGCAGCACCAAAGCUCUUCUCCCAGCCUUUGCAGAAGAGCAGAUUUUUUCCCAAAUAAAUUCCUUCUUAACGUAAAGACCUGACUCUAAAACAGUUUUGAGAAGGGCAGAUGGAGCUGUUGUUUGCCCUUGGUGGGAAAUGGGUGCCUUUGGAGAGAGGCCCUGUGGGAUUCUCGUGUGGAUGGAAGCGGUUCACGGACAGCAGGCAAAGUCAGCUACCGGGAGGGAGAAAGGAAGGGCAGCUCCUCUCCGAGGAGAAACUUGUCCUAUCUCUGAGAGCCCCGCGCAGAAUGUUUACAAAACGCUCAUUAAGGGAGAGGGGAUGGCGAGAUAGCAACAAAUCUGGUGAGCAGCUUCCACUGGCCGAGAUAAGAGAGGCAAGGCGGCCAUAGAGGAGAGCGAGAUCCAAUUACCGAGACCUGGUCUUGGGGAGGGGGAAGGGGCAGACAGACAGGACGGAUCACAAGUUUCAAGACAAGAGCUUCCAAACUUGUCAUCCCUCCGUGACACAGCCCAGCGGAUAAAACCGCCACCGAGCCCGCACCAGAGGCAGAGCUCGUUGAGCGCGGUUGGAGCCGAAGCCAUGGAUUCCGUCGUCCUCCAGCUCUGGGCUGUCCUCUCCCUCCUGGUCCACCUUGCAGCCUGCAGUCCCAUCCUCAGCUUGGAGCACUCUUCCCUGGAGGAAGACGUGCCUCUUUUUGACGAGAUCCUCUCCGAGCAAGAUGGGGUUGAUUUCAACACGCUGCUCCAGAACAUGAAAAAUGAGUUUUUGAAGACGUUGAACCUCUCCGACAUCCCCCUGCACGAGUCGGCCAAGGUGGACCCGCCAGAGUACAUGCUAGAGCUGUACAACAGGUUUGCCACAGACAGGACAUCGAUGCCUUCUGCAAACAUCAUCAGGAGCUUCAAAAACGAAGACUUGGAUUCCCACCCCACAGGCGUGCCAGGAACUCGGAGGUACCCGCUGCUGUUCAACGUGUCCAUCCCUCACCACGAGGAGAUCACCAUGGCCGAGCUGAGGCUCUACACCCUGGUGGAGCGGGACCAGAGGCUCUACGAAGGGCUCGACAGGAAGGUCACCAUCUUCGAAGUGCUGGAGAACAUCCACGUGGGGGCUGGGGAGGAGAGGAAGAUGGUGGCCCUGGCCUCCAGGCACGUCUACGGCACGAGCAGCGAGUGGGAGAGCUUCGAGGUGACCGAGGCCAUCCGGCGCUGGCGCAGGGCAGGGCUGACCACGCACAGGCUGGAGGUUCACAUCGAGAGCAGCGAAGGGGAGGAGCAGAACGGGGAAGGGAAACUCGACAUCGACAUCAACUCCGAGGCCAAGCACCUGCCCCUGUUGGUUGUGUACUCCGACGACCAAAGCAACGACAAAAAGGAGGAGAAGGAAGAGCUGAACGAGAUGAUAGACCACGAGCAGUUCCUGGGCCUGGAGAACCUGGAGGUUGGCAACUUCCACGACCAGCCCGGCGAGGAGGCGCUGCUGCAGAUGCGCUCCAACAUCAUCUACGACUCCACCGCCCGCAUCCGCAGGAACGCCAAGGGCAACUACUGCAAAAAGACUCCUCUCUACAUCGACUUCAAGGAGAUUGGCUGGGACUCCUGGAUCAUCGCCCCGGCGGGCUACGAAGCCUACGAGUGCCACGGGGUGUGCGCCUACCCGCUGACGGAGCACGUCACGCCAACCAAGCACGCCAUAGUCAAGACUUUGGUUCACCUGAAGAACCCCCAGAAAGCCUCCAAGGCCUGCUGCGUGCCCACCAAACUCGACCCCAUCUCCAUCCUCUACUUGGAUGCAGGGGUGGUCACCUACAAGUUCAAGUACGAGGGCAUGGUGGUGUCAGAGUGCGGCUGCAGAUAG